CUUCUGUUGGAAGUCCUUACAGGUCCCCAUUACAUAUUUUGUGACUUGGUUAUUUGGCCAUAACAUUCCGUUCUUGCAUUUCCAUUGUGAAAUUUAGCAUGCAGAAAAUCCUGCUCACCCAUCUGGCUUAGUUUUAACAACAAGAAUCAAGUUGCAUUAUGUUGCUUGGCAUGCAGGUGAAAAGUCUCAAAAGACUGAAAACCCUCAAGUUUAACUGUUAAUAUCAAAUUUUGUGCGUGCAACAGGUGGCUGUAGAGCACUGAACUGUAAACCUGGAAGUGUUACACUGUUAUAGCAUAGACUUGUACACAGUAGGAGAGUCGGUUAAUAGUUCCUCUGACCGAUUCGACCCUCCGGGAUGUCCUUGUGAAAUUAUUAAACCAGUUUGCAGCAGAUCGCUCUGUGCCGUUUCGCUUUGCUGCCUGGUCGUCACCAAUCUUGACGCCUGCGCAUCCUCCCCUCGCUGCGACCUGAUUGGUCGCUGAGAGCAUCCGCCGGCGUCUCAUUGGUCUCACCUGACGCAGGAGUACUAGGGUGCAUCAACACCGAGUCCGAUAAUCCAGCGAUAUAAUAACAACAAUAAUAAUAACACAACCAUACCGCAUCUGACAGCAGCCGUCAAAACACCAGAGCGGCCUCCUAUCCUUUUUAUUUUAUUCAACUCACGUCACCUGAAAACUCCGACUUUAAACGUAAAAAUGGCUCGUUUGUGCGGCUUUCACUGACAGCGGUGAGGUGAGUGACAACACGGACGAGAAUAAAUGCAUUUACACCAAUUAGAAAGGGAAUUUGAAAAGUUUCCAACAAAUUAUAUGUCUUGAAAAACGCUAUUUUUGGUGUUUCCUUGUUAUCCUACUCGAAAAAUAUCUUUAGCCUUGUAUGUUUUGACUUGCUGUUAAAACAGCAGUGAAAUAACGUGCUUGCUAAAAAUUGUGUUGUUUUUUGCUUUCUGAAAACGUUCAAAUAUGACAAAUAUGAGGCAAUUAUGGAUAUAGGAUAUAGAAUAACGAUAUGCUCGUGCCACUAUUUUGCACGCGCUUCACGUAAUAUCCAAGGGUUUCCUCGUUGUACACGCGAGGCACAUUUCAGUGUCGCGAUAUUCUACGGCUGUUUACACACCGGGUGCGAGACGUUAUGGUUUCACUGUUGCUUUAUUCGCACUUUUUUUUCUACAAAAUGGUGUAGCUCUUUACUUGUUGAAAUAAACUUCCUCGCAGUUUUUACAUUAAAUAGUAGACAUCUGGUUGAUUAUUUUUUAACUUUAACCUGCUUGAAAUAUUGAUGACAAGCGCCAUUCGGAUGUUUGCACCACUAGAUGGAACUCUACCCUCAAUUUGUGAUGAGCUCCUGUCAGAGAGAAAGUUUCACACGUUAUCGUCAGACUUAAUAAAAGCAGAGCAAGCAAACUAAUAAAUCAAUAUAUCAACAAUUAUUACAGGUAUUAUCCUCUUUUAAAUGUCAUUUGUUUCAUUUGUGACCUCAUAAUGACACCAGCAGAUGUGGUAGUUUAUAAAUAGAUGUCCAAAAUGUCCAAAUGCACAUUGACUAAGCAGGGGUUGAGUAGGCUCCCGUAGAUGGAUCUCAUGCUCUGGAUCUGGAUCACUUCUUAAGAGGUGAACAAAACCCAGAAUUUCCCCCAUUUAGAGAUGAGAUGUUAUUGGUCAGUGUCAGGCAAUAACUGCGCUCAACUUGUUUCACACUCAUGCUUCUGUUGUUGUGUGGUGUAGGACACCAGGUGGUGGCGUUCCAUCUUUUUAGGCGGUAAGACUCUUAAACCAUAAAGCCAGACAAUGCAGUAGUCCUUAGCCAAAUCCUGUUCUCUUAGUAAUCAAGUAAGCUGGACCUAAACCAGGGGUGAACUGUCUUCAGGGUUGAACAAGUUGCUCACAAUAUCUUGUUUCCCCCUAUGGAGACGAGGCUGUGCUCACCAUGUUUCAUACCUGCACUUGUUGUUGUGUGCUUUAGGACCCCAGCUUGUGGUGUUCCAUUUUUGUUGCUGGUAACACUUAACAUAUUUUAAAAUGUACAAUCAGUUAUCACUGUUCCUAGUAAUAUAGUCACAGAUCAAGCAUUAUUUCAAUUUUGAAAUAAUUCUGUGACCUCGACUAUGCUCCUCGCCUGUGACCUCACAGAUGUUGCGAUUAUAGAUUUGACAUCACAGAUGGUGUCGCACUUAAAAUAUAGAGGGUAUGCAUUGACAUCACUGUCACUCUGGGCCACGCCCCCUCGAGUGGCAAAAACAUGGUAAAAUGUAGCAGUUAAUGCAGGGAGACUGGAAAAAAUGUGGAUUAACAGAUAAAAUUAAGGACACUUGGAUUCAACAAUGAUCCAUAUGAAGUAGUGUGGAUUUUUGAAAAGUGGACUAUCCUUAGUUUUAGUUAGUUUAAGUUAGUUUUAGGUCAUUUCAGUUAUGAUACAUGUAGCUAAAUAAAAGAUGCUAACGCUAAGAGCUUCAGUGAAAAGUGACGUUAGCUAUACAAUACUGUAGCAUUUGACCGGACGUUAAAAGGAUGACGAGGAGUGAUCGUGAAUAUUCUGUUUGUAGUUUUAUUGUUAUUUAUUGUUAGAACUGAAAUAGUUAACUAUAUAACUACGCCAAACAACAACAUCGACAAACUUAUCUGGCAGCCCUCCUGAACGUAACAUAAGUAAGGUAUGACUGAUUCUAGUUGUUUCUUCCAAAUGCCAUGAAUCUCUGGAUGUUAAUGAAUCUCUGUUCUGUCGCUGUGCAAUGAAGGAUCCCAGCUGGUGGAACUUUCUCAUCAUUGCUGGCUCAUUCCAACCCCAACCCCCGUCUUACAGGGUCAUUAGGGUACAAGUUAUCAAUCGUCAGACAUCCACGACAUGACACUAAUUACUUAUCUUUACUUUCCAACUUUCUGCAUACCAUCUAUUACAUCCUUGAAUAGCAUUGUGUCACUAUCACUUUGUAUUCAACCUCAUAUCCUUCUUAUCUCCCAACUUACACGUGUCCUAACUUCCCCAGUUCCCGGCCGUCUCUGGUUGCCCGUCAGCAGCCUCUCAAAAGGCUUCACAAUGCUGCGGGAAAGUUCCAAGGCGUGGAGCAAUGGCUCAGAGGCCUACAGCAGCGACCCCGAGGAGGACGAGGAGGAGGAGGAAGAGGACAUGGUGUUUGGUGACAGCGAUCACGACUGCACGGCAGAGGAGAUGAUGGACCUGAGCGACCUUCCCACGGCCCUGUUCGCGUGCAGCGUCCACGAGGCUGUGUUCGAGCACGCCGCGCACAGGGAGAGGUUUGAGGCGUUGUUUAGGAUCUACGACGAACAGACGACUUUCCAGAUGUUCAAAAGCUUCCGGAGAGUCCGAAUCAACUUCAGCACCCCAGAGGCAGCCGCCCGCGCUCGCAUCGAGCUCCACGAGUCCGAGUUCAACGGCAAGAAGCUGAAACUCUACUUUGCUCAAAUCCAGAACGGCGAUGAGAACAUCGACAAGUCCUACCUGGCGCCUCCCCAGCCAGUCAAACAGUUCCUGAUCUCGCCGCCCGCCUCGCCACCCGUGGGCUGGAGCCAGAGCGAAGACGCCACACCCGUCAUCAACUACGACCUCCUGUGCGCCGUAGCCAAGCUAGGACCCGGUGAAAAGUACGAACUCCACGCGGGCACCGAGUCCACCCCCAGCGUGGUCGUCCACGUGUGCGAGAGCGAGACGGAGGAGGACGAGGCGGCGCGGCCAAAGCAGCAGAUCGUCCAGACCAGACGUCCCGACGGACCCCCGAAGGUCUUCAACUAGAGAGGCCUCCCCCCGCGACACCUGGCGCGGCCCCCGACCGCCCCUUAAAAACCCGCAACACACCUGCCCUGUCUCUCUCGUCUCUGCACUCACAGAGAGCGUCGACGCCCCUCAUUUCAGUUCAACUACAAGCAAAAACAAACCAACAAACAUUGCUCGAAGAUGGUGUUUGUGGGGAGCGCGGCGAUGGAAUGAGGCGGCUUGAAGGGGAUGGAUGAGAAUCACACACACACUCAUCACAUUCUGCGGACAGCGUGGGGAGCGGCGGGCACGCUUGCCUCCACCCCACCAACCCCCCCUCCCUCCUUUUCAGCAAGAGGGGUCGGAAUACCUGUCCCAACGCAGGCACCCGUCACUUAUCACACACUCUCAGCUCUCAUUGCUAGUCCUGCUCAGUAGCUUUAGCUUCAGUUAGGUUGUUUGCCGCACCUCUCCCUUCGCCUCACACUCAUGUGUACAAAGAUCUUUGAUUGAGGAUGUGUGAUACCUCAGAACAAAGACACAUUUUUCUCUCUUUCUUCUAUUUAUUUAAUUUUUUUUUUUACAACAAAUUAUGUUUCAGGUUGCAGUAUGUGUAUUUUUUCUUCCCUUUCAUCCAUUUUCAUAUCUCUCGAUUUGCCGCUUCAGCUUGCAUCAAGAUUGAGUGUGUGAUGUUCCCGCUCUUGUCUGCAUGUAUAUACUGUAUUACACAAAAAAAGUACAGAAACACAAAUACUAACAAGAUUAUAUCAAGAAAAAGGAACUUAUUUAACAUCACACACACACACAGCACGAAGCGCCAUAUGUGACUAAUUUGUGGUGGUGUUUUGACCUUCUUUCUUUUUUUGUCCUUUCUUUUUCAUUUGGAGAGGUGUCGUUUUUUGCUAAUCUACUAGAUGUGUAUUCUUACUACGUAUUUGAUACCCCGACAGAUUUUUGCAUGCUUAGUUACUUCUGUAGAUGAGGAGCUGAGGUGUUUUUUUUGUUUGUUUGUUUGUUUGUUUUUUUAAAUCGUUGUUUGUGAUGACAGGGAAAUGGUGUGACGCUUUUGACGUAAGUGCAUAUUCCCACGCAGAGUUAAAAGUGAUGUCUUUGGUAGGUUGAAAAAAAAAAAGAAAAAAAAAGACGAAUGUUUUUUUUGUAAGAUUGACAGAUCAGUCCUCUACAUGAUGGCUAAUCAGCAUCCGUCGCUUUUGUCGAGAUUUGAUGCAUCGGAGACACUUCAUCCCGCUCAUCUCUUCAAGGGACGUGUGCAUUUUUAUUGUUUUCCUCUUUCCUUUUUUUUUUGUUUUGUUUUUUUUUCUAAUUCCAUCUGUUCUAACUCGCGUCUUCUGCGUCCCGUUCGCGUCGUUUGAUCAGACUCAUUCUCUUAUGUGUCAGGUUUCCUCCGAAACCUACUACUGCUUGUUUUGCACUGAGAAUCUCUUGAUAUCUCCAAGCGAUGGCGGGGCUCUCCCGCCACGCACCUGAAUACCGCGCUGCUUGACGCUGUACAUAGCUGAGCCGUGAAUUUGUGUACAUUUUAGAUAUUGCCUGGAAGCAUUUUGCUGAUAAAAGGGAAAAAUUAGUUAGCCUCGUGAGAUACCAACUGAUAACCAACCAAAGCAUUCACUCACCUCAUGUUGUUAAACCGAAAUCAUAUUUUCCCAACAUGAAUGCAGUCUAAUUUUUAUCUCUUUUUUUUUGUUGUUGUUGUUGUAUUACAUUCUUUUAUUGGAAACCUCAAAAAAAACCUUCAAAUACUUUUAUUUUUUUCUUGAAUGCACCUCUUGUAUCGGUGUGCGUUACCUACUCGUUUAAUGAAACAUUUCAGUGCUUAAGAAGCAACAUGGACUAAUGCUUUCAACAGGGCUUCUGGUGAGUCUAAACCUUAUUUAUGUCAUUAGGCAGCAUGAAACCUAAAAUACUUUUUUGCUAUUUAACAAUAUUCGUAAGCAGAAGACAAGUCUGUGUGCAUGUGAGCACUUUAUAUCUGUUUUCUUUUGUCACAUUAAAUAGUCUUUUCUGAGACAAAGUAUGAAGCACAUAGUUUCUUUUUUUUUUUUCUUUCUUUUAUCUCAAGCUAAACACCUGGUUAGCCUUUUCACCAGCAUAUUGCAGUGAGUGAAGUACUCCACUUCCUUUUUGCUAGUGUGAACCUUUCAGGCCUUUUGGAAUCUGUGGGAGAGUACCGCUGGACAAGUGUGUAGACAUGCAGUACAGUUUUAAAUAGGCGCGCAAGGAGGCGGGAUGGCACUGCAGAGUAAAAUCAGUUAUCUUUGUUUUCGUGUUUGUCCGCAAAGAACCAUCCAUCUCAUCUUCUGAGAAAGCUGAAACAGUUCUUAGAAAUGCACCGGUGUUGACGGAGUGCACUUUUAUUGGCGCUACGGGAAAGCUGUCGCACUCAUUGGAGCAGACAGCGGAUUGGUGGAACUGCCCGGGUGGAUGAUGAUACAGAGGAGGCACCGGAGCAGGAAGGAAAGACUCGUGAAGAUUUUUUUUUUUUUUUUUUUUUACUCUGUGGUCAUGGUGUUUAAAACUGGUCACAGUUGAAAAGAAAAUGUAUAUUUAUGUACAUAUUGCCAAGUGUUUUUUCUGUUGCUGAGGCCAGUCCCAGUGUGCAGUUUGUUAUGGCUUCUCUUGGCAAUGUAAUUGUAAUGGAAACAAACUAAAAAAAAAAAAAUAAUAACAAUAAUAAUAAUUAUAAUAAUGACAAAAACGUGUAAGUCCUGAAGAUGCUCGAUCAAAACCAACUGUCAUUGUGUUGUGUUCAACAUGGACUCUGUUUGAAUGUUUCUUUUAUUUCUGGGGAACGUCUACUAAAAAGCUCAAUAAUACCGUUUGUCACUGUUGUACUGUUUCUGUUGAAAUCUGAAUAUUGUGUCUUGUAUCGUAGGAAUCCAGAAAACAAAAGUAGCAAAACAAGCAAUAAUUUACAGUUCUAUAAUACCAGUAUGUGUAUUUCAUGUUCUGUACUUAUUUCUCGGAGAUGGUCUCUGUCUCUUACAGUAUCCGCUUCUAUUUGUGUAGUAUAAUAGUCAUUUGUUUCACAUAGAAAAAUACAUAAAGACUUAUUCUUAAAAGCCA